AUGGUUGCUCCCUCCUCCUCCGACGUCUCCGGCCCCGGCACCUCGGCUGCCGCCGCCGCGGCCAAACUGCGCGACGAGGCGCUCGCCACCGCCAAAGCUCUGGAGAUCGAGGCCGCCUCCCUGCGCGACUCCAACCAGGCGCGCAGCGCCCAACUCAAGGAGGAGGCGGACCUCCUCACGUCUGCCGCCGCCGCCCAGGAGCGGGUCCGCGCGGCUGCCGCCGCCCUGGACCUGGAGCGCGAGCAGGCCGACCUGCUGGAGCAGCAGACCGCGGCCCUCCGCGCGCGGCUCCACCCCGAGCAUCCCCACGACGACGACUCGGAGGGUGACGGCCACUUCAUCUCCAUGGAGACUGCGGCUGUUGCUCAUCUUCAUAGCCAGGCAGCCGCUGUGCAGAACAUCAAGAAUCUCAUCCCAAUUGUUCUUGAUCUGCAAGCCUCUAAUUACUCCAAAUGGCGUGGUUACAUCCUGCUCAUCCUUGGCCGGUUUGCUCUGAAGGACCACGUCCUCAGCGACACCAUCCACCCCCACGAUGCCGCAUGGUCCCGCAUGGACUGUGUCGUCGUCUCAUGGAUCUUCAACACCAUUGCCCCUGACCUCCUUGACGUCGUCCACGAGCGUGACGGCAUCACUGCUCGGGCGGCGUGGCUCGGCCUCGAACAACAGUUCUUCAACAACCGGGAAUCACGGGCCAUGCUCCUCGACGCGGAAUUCCGCACUCUCUGCCAGGGUGCUCUCUCUGUUGAUGAAUAUUGUCGCAAGAUGAAGAACAUGGCAGACGCGCUCGCCGACCUUGGUGAACCCGUCCUGGACCGGACUCUGGUGUUGAAUGUGCUGCGUGGCCUAAACGAACGUUUUCAGUUCAUGUCACAGCUCGUCACGCGGCAGAAGCCCUUCCCAUCCUUCGGAGAUGUCCGUGCUGAUCUGAGGCUGGCUGAACUCAACAUGGCGUCACCUUCAGCUCCGCCCUCGGCCCUCGUCACCGCGCCAUCCAGCUGCUGGGGGACAGCAGUCCAGCAACGGCAAUAA